GGGCUCUUUUGAUCUUUUGUGUACAUUGGCGCUGUGCGGGUCGAGGUCCUCGAGAAAGAUAACGGGUCUUCUCACCAGUCUAGAAACUCACGCACACAAAAUCUCUGCUCCUCGUACUUGAUGUGCUUAUGUCGUUUACGGUUUGCGUUCUUGCGGCCAACAGCAUUGAUUCAAGGCCAAGCGGCCUCUCACCAUCGCAAAUGGGAGCUCAGUAGCUUGCUAAAUUGACGACGGAGAUGGUGGUGCAUCAGUGGAAUUAUCCCGGUAUCUCCGCUUGAGAUGGAGCCAGCGACGCUCGAGUGGAGUUGCUUGCUAGCUAGCUAGCUAGCGAGCUAACGGUGCCCGCCGGGGUUCACUGUGCCCGAGCAGCCCGGGAUUAACGUUAGCUAAAUGGGCGCUACUGCAAUUUUAUCGCGCAGGAUUUUUUGUAACGUUCUCAGACGUCCCCGGAUUUAAUAGAGUUCGACUCAUGCCGAUUAGGAAAUGAUGCUAACGUGACCGUUAAAAGGUUAGCUACACGUGACACCGUUGUAUCUCGUUUCCAACAAUUGAGACCCGUCUCUGGCCGUCCUUGAGAGCUUCAGUCACAUUAUUUGAGACGGUUCCGCGUCAGGAUGGCACAGCUCUUGGACGGGGCCGGCGAGCUGGGCUGGGUUCUGCUCAAGUCUGUGAUCCGGUUCGUGUUCAUGGUUUUCAACAACUGUGCCGCCAUCCCGUCCUACUGCUUGUACCUGGUGCUCCUCCAGCCGCUCAGAAUAUGGGACAGCUCCGCUUUCUGGCACGUCGAAGGCAUCAUGUUCAAAUGGUUGCUGGCCAUGGUGUCCUCGUGGGGCUGGAUCGCAGGUUACACAGUGACGGAAUGGGGUGACGACGUACGGCCCAUCUCUGAAGAAGAAGCAAUGGUCAUCGUCAACCACCAGUCCACGGGAGAUGUGUGCACCCUCAUGAUGUGCCUGCAAGACAAGGGCAUGGUCGUACAAAAAAUGAUGUGGUUGAUGGACCAUGUGUUCAAAUACACCAACUUUGGCCUAGUGUCCCUGAUCCACGGGGACUUCUUCAUCAGACAGGGUAAAGCUCACCGAGACAAGCAGCUGAUUUACCUGAAAGAUCACCUAGAGAAAUACUAUCACAGCCGCAACAGGAAGUGGAUAGUGCUCUUCCCAGAGGGUGGCUUCCUGCGGAAGCGGCGGGAAACCAGCCAGUUGUUUGCCAAGAAGCACGAGCUCCCCCACUUGACCCACGUCACGUUGCCUCGUCUGGGGGCCACCCACGUCAUCCUGAAAACCCUGUCGGCCCAGCAGGAGAACGGCAGCGUGAGCAGCGAGUCCGGGACCCCCAACCAGAGAGGUAAUAAACGUAAAGGCCUGCAGUGGGUGGUAGAUGUGACCAUAGCGUACCCCAAAGCGAGACCUAUGGACAUCCAGACCUGGAUCUUUGGCUACAGACCUCCUACAGUCACACAUGUACACUACAGGAUGUACCCAAUAAAAGAGGUUCCCGUGGAGCCGGGGGCCCUCACCGCCUGGCUGUACCAGAGGUUUGUGGAGAAGGAAGAGUUGCUGACUCACUUCUACGACAAAGGAUUGUUUCCCCCUCAAGACGGACAGAAGGAGGCGGUGUCCCGGCCGAUGAUCCUGGACCCCGUGUGGCUGUGCGUUAUCCAGUCGUUUGCUUUUGCCUCUGCCUACAUUUGGUACAGCGUCCUCCAGUACUUCUACUGCUGUCUAUUUUGAGCGCGCUGAUGAGGCGAGAGUCUUUAUUGGACCACUGGAAAAGCCUCAGGAUCAGUUGGUGUGUGGCCCAGCGUCAUACCUGCCCCCUAUGAUGGAUGAAUGUACAUUUACAACAGUGGAGAGACUUCACAGGAACAAAAAAAAAAGGAAGAAAAAAAACAUAUGAAAAACACAAACACAGAAUGCAAAUAACAAUACCAUAGGAAACUGGUCACAGCCCUAACAACACACACACACACACACACUCAAACGGCCUAGCAGAAUAAUCUCUCGCACUCGUCACGACACACAUUUCGAUGUUUACACGUCCUCAUACACGUAGACGCUCACAGGUACACAACUUUUUAUUCAAAGUGAACAAAAUGAGGCUCAGGACACCUGCAGAGGACGCUCUGGACCGAACUCUCUCUCUCUCUGCCCCCCCCCCCCUCCCCCCCCCUCCUCCUCCUAGGCUUAAGCCGUAGUAGUUUUACAGAGUGUAAUGUGUGUAUGGACGCGCGUGAGUGAAUAUAUGUGACUAGAAGCAUAACGUCCGCCCGUAUUCUUCUUCCUGGCGAGAGUGGGCGAGGCCCACCGGACGUCUCGCCGGCUGGCCACACCUUCCAGAGCGAGCGGCUGAAUGAACGAUGAGGCUGCGCAGCCCGCCGCUCCUCUGGCCUCCAUUCCACUAAGGAUCCAUACCGCCCGGCUGCUCCCCGUCCCAGGAAAUGUUCCUGUGUUCCUCGGUAGCUGUCACCGUUGUUCAUUUCAUUUGGUUUUCGUACCUUGACCGGCAUAUCUCCCCGACAACGGCCAUUGUAUUUAUUGUUGACGUCAUUUUCUUUUCUUUUUUUUUCUGUCGAAUUUAUUUCCCGUUGUCCCCCCGUCAAGGCAGUAUUGUGAAUUCACAGGAAGGAGGAUCAUGUUUACACUGGCAGCCCUGCUGAAAGCCUAAAGGGAAGGUGGCAAUGAUGCGGCUCUUGAUACAAAGAUUUGUUUCUUUGACAGGCAUUGAAGGGAGGAAAAUGAGACAACGUGCUUAUUUUUAAAAAAGGAAGAAAAAAAAAAAAAAAAGAUGGCACAUAGAGCAAGAAUUGCAGUCCGAUGAGCUAAAGAGUAACUCCCUCGUUGUGGAUUCCCCUUUUCGUGCUCUGCUCCCCAACGUGCACACACAAACAUAUGCACACGGCCCUGUGCAGCUACACACAGCAGAGUCAGAGACUCAUGUCCCCCCUUUGGACUACAUAGUUUUCCAAAUAUUUAAGCCAUACGCUUAGUGUUGUAAGUUGGGAAAAAGAAAUUUAAAAAUGUUUUUUUUUUAUAGAAGGCUACCCUAAUGUUCAGCUUCUGAAAUAGACAUUUUGGCUUACAGAACUAUAGGUGUCAUUACUGUAAAUUUACAGCAUAACCUGCCUAAGUGAGUGAGUGUGUGUGUGUGGUUGUUCUCCCCCCCCCCCCCCCCCCUCCUUUUUGAUAUUAUGAUUAAUGUCGUGUUGCUCUUUGACAUAAGAGUGUGGCGGCAACUUCCCCAGGAGUGGUCAAGUUAUAUUUCAUUUAAAAUUACAUGAAACUGUUGUCCUCAUGUCAUGGUAUGUUUAAAUCUUGUACAUAACAAAGCUGAGUUUUAAUUGUUGGAAUUAACGGCAGCGUUUUUCUUUUGUUCUGUGAUCAUUUCUGGAAAGUUCAGUUUAAAAAGUCAAUGUUUAAAAAAAAAAAAAGAGAGAAAGGGACGAAAGCAAAGAUUUUCCCCUGGUUUCUGCGUUGACCUUGUUUUUAUUAGUUUUUUUGCUGACAUCAGUGCUACUGUGCAUCCGUGCGGCGACACCGUGGCCCAAUUUCAAACUUGUACUAUUGUACAUUUUUAAGUCAUCAAGGAUUUUAGUGGAACACCUUGAAUAUCAAGCCUUACCUGAUGUGCUGGUGGACCACGACCCCCCCCCCCCCCCCCCCCCAAAAAAAAAAUGCUGUUCCCCCCCCCCCCACCCUUUUUGUUUUAAAGACGGUUUCUCUGUGUCGAGCUUAAUCCGGGCCAGUGAGGCAGGGAAACUCUGGCAGGGCCCUGCGAGGAUGCAGCUGUUCUCUCUCAAGUACACUUGGGUUGUGUUUUUGAGGUGCAUUUUGUAUCAUUUUCGUAGCCUGCUUCUAAAAUAGGAAAAUUAAAGAGGGGCAGCAAUUAUGAUCGUCCUAAACAAAUGCAUAAAAUGUGCGUUUCAGUAGUUUACUGCGCUGCUUGUGCGUCAGUUGGUUGAAACUGUGAAAUGAAAGCAGAGAGGCUGCUUGACCAGGUAAAAAUGUUAAAUCCAGCAGUUAGUGCGCGUCCUGCAGUGGCCCUUUCAGAUUCCCCUCCACCGUGACUUGAAAUCAAGCUUCAUCUUUCUUUUUCUCAACCUUUUCAUUCUGUACUUUAUUUAUUUUAAUUUUUUUUUUUUUUU